CAGACUGGGUGGUGACCUUAAUGCAUAUAUAUGUAUAUUUGUAAAAGAAGCCAGGAUGCUCUCUUGCCAUCAGUGGUAUCAACUUGUCCAGCAAGAAGGAAAGAAACACACACCUGACAGCUGGCACAACAUACAAUGGCUCCUAUCUGGGUACCAGUAGUUCUUUCGGUGGCCCUUUUGCUCUUCAGAGGAAGCUACUCCAGUUCUGAAGGCUCCUGGUGUUACAAUGAACCACAGUGCGGUCCUAACACAUGGUUAUCAGUCGGUGAGUGUGCUGGCAAGAGACAGUCCCCCAUCAACAUCAUUUCAGCUGAAGCCAUCGCUAACCCCAGCUUAGGUGCAGUGACUCUCACCAACUAUGAUGACAGCAAAAAACUGCUGGAGAUCAAGAACACUGGAAAAACAGUUGAUAUAGAACUAGGAGAUGGGCUCUACCUUGCCGGUCAUGGUCUUCCAUCAUCAUACACAGCCAAAUCCUUCCACCUCCAUUGGGGAAAUGGUGUCUCCAAGCCAGGAUCUGAGCACAAUAUAGAUGGCAAACGCUACUCUAUGGAGUUACAUAUUGUGCAUACCAAAAACAACAUGAGUGUAUCGGAUGCAGUGAAGGACCCAGAAGGCAUUGCUGUAUUGGGAUUCUUUCUUGAGGGCUCUGAGAAGGCAAAAGGAAAGACAGCUCAAGCAUGGGAACUGUUUACAAAAAACCUUCAGAAAGUCUCUGAAAAAGGUGAAGAUACAGAUCUCACCAGCACUGUCUCUCUGCUGGACCUGGUGGGAUCCACAGACCUGGGCCACUAUUACCGCUACUCUGGCUCCCUCACCACCCCCAAAUGCAGUGAGGCUGUAAUCUGGACCGUCUUUGCUAAACCUAUUCUGGUGUCGCCCAAAGUGGUAGCAGCUUUUCCAUCUGAACUCCAUUCCACAGAUUCCUCUAGUGGGCCCCAAAUAGAGAACAACUUCCGUCCCCUGCAAAAAAUUGGGGAACGGAAGGUGGAAGCGUCAGCUUCUUUGAAGGCCAAUUCUGCUUCCUCCUUCAUCUCGCAGCCAGUUAUGUUGCUUUUCUUCCUUUUUAUCACUACUUUGGCCUCCUCCUUACCUUUCCAAAGGCUGUAAGGGACAGGAAUCACAUGGAAGGAUGAGUCGGUAAGCUCUCCUGAAUGUUCACAGCUAGGCCAACAUCUUUCCUGUCCACCUACCUAUCAACCCAGUUUAUCCAGUAGCAAAACUCUACUGGCAAAUGACACUAAAAGAGUGUGAAGUACACUUUCCAGCAAUAACAGGACAAUAGAGAAGAAAGAGACACUACUUUUUUGGCAGAUUUUUGGAAAGCAAGUGCUGUUUAGUCUAUCCAAACUGGAGCUGAAGUGAAACUUUCUGGUCUAAACUAGCUACCUCUUGAAUGACACCCAAAACCUUAGAUUGCAAUGGGAAAAGCAAAAACAAAAAUAGGAUAUCUGAGUUUUCCUUGGGGUUAAACUCAAUGGCUUCAUCAGCAGACUGAGCAAUGAAACAUACCUUUCAGACCAAUACAGCAUACAC